AUGGACGACUCGCCCACAAAGGCCGAGCACGGCGUCGUCGCCCCCGCCGAUCGGCGCAGCAGCGGCUACAAGUCGUGGAAGAAAAAGUACCGCAAGAUGCGCAUCGUCUUUGACCACAAGAUGCAGCAGGGCGAGGAGCUGCACAAGCGCGAGGACAAGGCCUCGGCUACGGUGAAGCGCCUGGCCGUGGAGAACGACCGGCUGCUCGACCUCCUCCUCGAGGUCAACAACUCGCCCCAGAUCCCCCCCGAACGGCGCAUCGACCUCUCCCUCGCCCCCCCCUCCAAUCCCGAGGCGCCCGCCCUGCAGCUCGACCGCGGGCACGCAAAGGAGUCGGCCUUUAAGCGCCUGGAGCAGCUGCUCAGCGACGUGCCGCACUCGUCGUACAGCGCCGCAAAGGAAGCCCACUCCCCCUACAUGGCCGACCUAGCCGUCCCCGAGGGCGAGGCACACCCGGCAAACUUCCUGUCCGCCGACGACGUCGACAACUACAUCUACGCCGUCGAUACCGCCCUCGACCCGGACUCGCACUUGCCUUCCCUUGGGCCCCGCGCUCACCCGGGCACCCACCCCGUCUCCCACCCGCAUCUCAAGAACCCGACCAGCGUCACCAACUGGCUGCGCAAGCACGCCCCCAAAAUCUUCCUGCAAGACAGCGAGCACGCCAGUAGUGGCGGCGCCGGUGGUGGCGGCGCCGGUGGCGACGCCGACGAUGCCGAGAGCGGAGCAGCCGCGGCCUCUGCCGGCGGCGGCGCACACCACCAAACGACCGGAGGUCGCAAGUCGCGCGGCGGCACCGGCGGCGGCGGGAACGGCUCGCGCGCCGACCGCGGCAGCAAGGCGAACCCCAAGGGCAAGAGAGCCAACGCGGCGGCGUCGCGGCUCGCGGCCGAGCGCGGGCCCGCCGGCGACUGGGACGCGAGCAUGGACGACGAGGGCGACUUUGCCACCACGCCCGGCGGCCGCGGCGGCAAGCGCAAGAGGGACGACGACCCCGGAUACCGGCCCGGCGGGUCGACGAGUCGGCCGUCCAAGAAGAAGCGCAAGAGCGAGGGCGGCGAGUCCACGCCCAGCGCCCGCCGCUCCAAGAAGGAAAAGGACAAGGACAAGGACGCCGUCGUCAGCAAGGAUGACUAG